UUGACGCGCGCCAUUCAAUACUGUCAAUUCCCGCGCUCGCCAGAAGGUUCUCUCAUGUCGCUGAUGAUCGGACAACGCAAACCGUGGAGCGAUGUUUCGCCGAGUUCCGAUUCUAGUCGUCUGCAGCUGAAGGGCGAAGAUUGGCCAAAACUCGGGACACCGGGAGCUAUCCUGGUGGCGGGAAAAGCUAGGAGGCCGCUGACGUAUUUGGAGAACGACAAGGCGGGAAACGGUGAGAGAAGAAGAGAGAGAAGAGGACAGAGAGAUGAGGUGGAGAGACGGGGUUGUUGUGUUGAGUUGCCGUCUGGGAGGACAGGCAGUGAAGACUUUGACAGCUUGAGAUCACCGAUUGGCUCUAAACAACCGAAAUGGAAACAGAAACGAUCUUGGCCGACUAAGCAGCGCACAAAACGCUCAACGAAGGGAAGAAAACCGUUGUUUGUCGAGCGAGAGCCAGACGUGCACGACACGUCAAUCGACAAAGAGUCAAUCGACGAUCUGACCGAGCAUCGGAUCGAAAAGAGACAGAAGCAGAUCGACUUCGGGAAGAACACGAUCGCGUACGACCGAUACAUCAAAGCCGUUCCAAAAGACGCAAGGACUAAGAUGGAUCCGUUAACUCCUGAUAAGAAAGCCGUGUGUAGCAAACGAGCGUUCGACGGACGAAUCAGACAGUGGAGGGUAAAGCUACACAACUGGGACCCACCGCGACUCAUUUCUGCAUGUAGCGAGGAGUCGAAGGAGGAUGGAAACGACGAGGACGAAGAGGAGGAGUUUGAUCCGGCGAGUAUGACGCUCACAGGCUGGGAGUCGUUGGACGACGGCAUAAGAAAACUCGGCGAAGAAGACAAAGAAAACGUCGAUUUUUCGGGAAGCAACUCGAUCAAAGACGAAGAUGACGAAAUGUCAGAAAUCGAUUGGGAAGUCAACAUUCCAAUGAGUGACUGGAGUCUCCUGAUGGGAGACGACGAUGACUGAUUUUAUUCGUGAACAGUUGAUUGAUAUUAACUUUCAUUACUAUCGUUAUCUUAGCAGAUCAUUAACUUUCGGAGUUUUUACUAUUACGUGUAUAGACGACUUGAACGUGUUGAAUUUCAGUCGAAUAUAUAUCUGCAAUGACA